CCCAGCUCUAGCCCCCUCCUUAAACAUUUUCCUCUCCUCCCUCUCCUGUCAGUUUCUGAACUAGUUCAACUAGCUACAGCCCUAGCUCCCUGACACCUAGCUCCCCGUUCUCCCCUCCCAUCUCAGGCUUUCUCCAGAGUGGGAGGGGAGCAUCUGGAGAGGGGGGCAUUCCCCCCCAAUCUUCCUUCCCCUUCUCAAUUCGAUGGAGUGGCCUCUACCCCAGAUGACCUGGGUGGGAUUCUUCAUCGGGUUCUUGGGUUCCUGUGCCAAGGCCUUUCUGAUCCAUAACCCUGGGCUGGAUGCCUGCCUACAGGUGGACCCCCAGGGUGGGGAGCAGAUCUCCCUGGUCACUUGCCACCUUGACGCUGAGCCCCAGCAGUGGGGCUGGGACCCAGUCAGUCGAGCCCUUUUUAGUCUGCAUGUCCCCGGGUGCCUUGCCAUAGGGGAGGCUCGGGAGUUUGCUGUGGCCCAACUGAGCCACUGUGGGGGCCCCCUGCACCAGACUUGGGGCUGCUCCCGUAAGGGGCACUUGAGCCUGCAGGGCCUCGGUCUCCACCUCCACGGACGGCUUAAUGCUCAGGAGAUCUUUGUUCUCCGUCGGAAGGACAAGUUCAGUCGUUGGAAGGCGGUGCCCGGAAUGGCCAACGUCUGCUCUGAGACUCCCGGGCCAGGCAUUGGGGACCAGCGUCGUGACCAGGAGCCCAUCACAGCCAAAGCUGAAACCACUGUUUCUCUGGAGCGAAAUGAGGAGGACCUGUCUUCGAAGCUCUCUGUAGGAACAGCCAACGUCACUCCCACUAGCAACUUCACCCAUACACCUUCCCCAACUUGGGUGGAGGGAGCUCUGGUGGCAGAGAAAGGGAAAAACUGGAAAACAGCUAUGAUGAUCCUGAGCCCAUUAGCAGUUGUCCUGGGAGUCAUCAUCCUCAUCCUCAAUAUCUGUUACAACAGGAAAAAGAAAAAGAAAGCUCUAGAAAACUAUUCCCAGAGUGGUCCAAGGGCCACGUUACUACCUAAGGGGGAGCUAUCGCUAGGCCAAGGAAGCCCAGGAACUCCUGAUUUACCCAUCUCCUUUGCCCCACCCCUACAGCAUGGGGAGAUACUCAUUGAAUGGAAAGAUGGCAGUAUUACCCCCCUCUUUGUCAGCCCGUCAUCUGAAUGAUUAAUCCAACCUGCAUCUUUCAAGGGCCUGCUUUGUGCCUAGUCCUGUCCUGCAAUGAGGGAGAGAAAGAGAAGGCACAAGUCUUGGAGUUUAUUAGAUCUGUGCCUCCAACCUAGACCUGGUCCUCCUCCUGGGAGAUAAGAGAAAUCAAAGACUCAAGUUUAUUAGACCUAAUAAUCUUAGACUCGGUUCUUUCCUCUGGAAAUUUCUUUGUAUAUAUAUUUUGUAAUUUUUUUAUGUACAUGUAUUUUUCUCCAAAAGAAUAUAAGCUCUUUGGGGACA